ACCCCAUACGCCAUCGAUGCGAUGAGCUUGCUGCUGCUCACCCUCACGGCAGCCAGCGCCGCGCCGCGCGAGUGCUGGACCGUCAAGUCCGUGACGGGCCGCGUUCGCGACAAUGUCGGGCACCAGGGCGAGGAGCUCGUUUAUCGCCUCGUCGCGGCCGGUUUAAGACAGGCGCCGCCGCGCGCGGUGUACUGGCCGUGGCCCAUUUUGCCGUGGAGCCGCGAGGUCCUCGAGGCGACGCUGCCGGACGUCGAGGUGGCGAGCGGCGACGGCGCGGAGGCGCCGAAGGCGUGUCUCAAAGGUGAAAAAAUCUGGCGGCCCGAGUACAAGCGGCCGCAGUGGCCCUCAAUCAAGAUCCACGGCGAGGCGCGCAAACGCGCGUACCGGCACUGCAACCUCUACAACACGUCGCGGAGGACGCUCGUCGUGCGGAUCCUGCAGCGGCGCGACUCGAGCGAGUACGUCGUAGGCGUCAAGAGACGGACCGAGGUCUGCGGCGGCGGAGGCAUCAAGCGCAACCUGCGCGACGUCGACGAGCUCAAGGCGACGAUCUCCGCGGCGGCGAAGCGGGCGGGCAUCAGUCUCGUCUUCGAGACGGAUUACGUGGAGAACUCCGCCCCGGGCUCGUUCUGCGACCAGCUCCGGCGUUUCGCGACGGCGGACGUCUUGGUCAGCGUCCACGGCGCGCAUCUGGUGAAUGCGCCCUGGAUCGCGCCCGGCGGACUGCUGCUCGAGGCGCUGCCGUACGGCCACAAACGAAAGAAACACCACGCGCGCCUCCUGCGGAACACGGACCUCGAGUACGUGCGCGUCUGCGGCGUGCGGCCCUCGUCGUCGCUUCCCAAAAAGGAAUCCCUCUGCGAGGGCCGCACCGCCGCGGCGCGAAAGUGCGCGCUGGUGGCGCGCGACUGCUACGAGACGCCGCUCCGGCCCCGGAGCGACGUCUGCGCGUCGUCGGAGCCGUGCGAGUGCCUUGGCGUGUUGGAGAAGCGGUUGACUGGUUUUUUCGCGCGGCGGCGGCAGUCUGGUGGUCGUCAUCGGAGGCGUCGUUCUGGGCGGGGGGAGGAGGCGUUGUAG